AUGAGAGAAACCCAGGUGUUACCCACAUCCUCCCCUGACCUCAACCUUAUGGAGAACUUUUUGAGCAUCCUCGAACAAAACAUCAGUGAGGGUGACGGCAGUGGGGAACGCGGGGGCAGCCUCCCGGCCAUCGCCUCCCUGAACACUUCCUACUCCACCUCGCUGUCCUUCCCGUCCCCGUACCUGUAUGUACCGCUUGCAGAGCGCAAGGCCAUUUCUGACGUGCGCCGCACCUUCUGUCUCUUUGUGACCUUCGACCUGCUCUUCAUAUCCCUGCUGUGGAUUAUUGAGCUCAACUUCCCCGGUAACAUCUGGGACAGUUUGGACAAAGAGGUUGUUUGUUAUGACUUCAAGACUUCCUUCUUUGACAUUUUUCUUCUCGCUGUGUUUCGUUUCCUGUGUCUGCAAGUGGGUUACGCUGCUUUUCGUUUAAAGCACUGGUGGGUUAUUGCAAUUACCACUUUAGUGACCACUGUCUUCCUUGUCAUAAAGGUCAUCAAGUCGAGCCUCGACUCCCCGAAUACCUUCAGCUAUGUUUUACCCAUCACCUCUUUUGUGGUGGCUUGGCUGGAGACCUGGUUUCUGGACUUCAAGGUGCUAACGCAAGAAGCAGAUGAUGAAAGAGCCUACUUAGCAGCAGUGAAUGCAGCUUGUGAACGUGCCCCCAUGGUCUACCCCCGAGCUGUGUCAGAUGGACAGUUCUACUCUCCGCCCGAAUCUGUUGCAGGCUCUGAAGAAGAUCUGGAUGAAGAGGGUAUGGGGCGUAGAGCUGUCACUGCUCAGGAGAAGGAAUACGUCAGACUUGGUCGUGAGGCCAUGUCGGUCGUGGAACAGAUCCUAGCUCAGGAGGACAGCUGGAAAUUUGAAAAAAACAAUGAAAUAGGAGACUCUGUCUACACUCUGGAGAUUCCCUACCAUGGAAAGACUUUCAUUCUCAAGGCCUUUAUGCAGUGUCCGGCUGAGCUGGUGUAUCAGGAGGUGAUCCUUCAACCAGAGAAGAUGGCCCAGUGGAACAAAACAGUUUCCGCCUGCCAGAUCCUCCAGAGAGUCGACGACAACACUCUGGUGUCAUACGACGUGUCUUCUGGAGCGGCGGGAGGAGUCGUGUCUGCAAGGGACUUCGUCAAUGUCAGACGCGUCGAGAGAAAGAGAGACUGCUACGUGUCUGCCGGCAUGGCCACCGAACAUGACGCCAGACCUCCGACAGGUCGCUAUGUCAGGGGGGAGAACGGUCCGGGAGGAUUCGUGGUCCUGAAAUCCAGCAGUAAUCCGUCCGUCUGCACCUUCAUCUGGGUUCUAAACACAGACCUGAAGGGUCGACUCCCUCGCUACCUCAUUCACCAGAGUCUGGCGGCCACCAUGUUUGACUUCAUGUCCCAUUUACGCCAACGUAUCACUGACCUGCGGCCUUCUCAGCGCUCUCACCACAACCACAACUAAAAAAGAUGGGAGGUACCACUGUUUGUUUUUUUGCCUUUUUUUUAUGAACAGCGAUAUCAAACGACAUACACAGCUCUCUUGAGUGGCACCAAAACUGAAGAGACGUGCCAUAUUUACUGCAAGGACAAGAGACGUGUAAUCAAACCAAACAUCCACGUGGAAAGUAAUUGAGCUGAACUUUAUUCAUUAUUUUUUUAAGUGUGAUCACGUAUGUCUCCGUCGUUUUUUUUUUAAUCCAAUUGACUUCUGAGUCUGAGUGCACCACUGUCCAGCUUCAUGGCUGCAAGGAUCAACAAGAAGACCUGGACGGACGUGAAGUGGUCGUGGUCCGACUGAGCCGUGUCUCACUGUACUGUACACACACUGUUUGCCUUUACUUUGCUGCUUUAGUGUGUUUGGAGCCCGAGCACCAACAGACAACGUUUACCGCUUCCUUUCCUGCUUCAACAUGACCAGUUCUGGUCACAGGUGCAGCAGCCUUUACCUUUACUUCAAGAUGCUCAAGUAUUCCCUGAACCAGCCAGGAAAUGCUGUGUUGGCUCUGGUGAUCUUCCAUCCUAAAAUCUUAACGAAUGAAUAAUAAAAGAUUUUAAUGGUUACAGUCAGGCGCGGCACUGAGAUUGGAGCCUCUACCAGGUUGUUCACGGUCUUUCUGGAAGGGAUCUUCUCAAACUGACCAUCAAUGUUUUGGGACAUGAGUCCAGGCUCUUCAGAGAGACAGAUUCCGGUUUCGUUUACAACAUAAUGAGCAACGGUCACAUCAAACCGCCAACAGAGUUGCUCCGACUCUGUUUUUUCACUGCUGUGGUUUAACGUGUUUGUCUCAAUUAAAUUUGCGGAGCAGUUGGAUCAAUAAAAGAAGAAGCCAAACUUCUGCACUGUUAGGUCAGAGGUCAGAGGUCAGAGUGCGUUGGCAGUCGAUGGUGAUGAUGAUUUACUAAAUACAAGAUUCACACCAUCCAAACGGUGUGAAUUUCCAGAGCUUCCUUCUGUGCCAGUAACCUCAAGUGACCUUGUGGCUAAACAUGUGGAACUCAUGAUUUGUGCUUGGACAACAGUGGAUUGUAAAACGGGCACCUCAGUGUUAAAGUGACUGCAGUCUGAAGCCUCAUCACUGCCUUGAUAUUUAAAAAAAAAAAAGAGAUAAGUUGAAGUUA